CAAGUCUACAUCAAUGACGGCUUAACGGAGUAGAACGUCAGUUACCUGCUCACCUUAAAUGGUAUUAGUUCGUUCGCAUACGGGUCAUUCAGAUAUAGUGCUAGUAUUAUAUAGAUAUAUAUAAAAAUCUAACGAAGAUUUCGUUUUAUUACAACGUGUAAUCAACUUGACUAGAAUAGUUAAAUAUUUUCUUGAUCAAGUGUUUUUAAACUACGAAUUAAAAAAAUAUUAACAUUUUCGAAUUUAAACAAACAAAAAAAUAUUAGAAGUAAUUUUACUACAACUUAAACUUGUAGUUGAAAUAAAUUUAUACAACUUUUACAAAAACAGUGCUUUUUCUUUUUAAUUGCUUACGAGCGCAUCCAAUCCAAGAUGGGAAAACCUGAAGCUUUAAGUUAUGAUGCCAAUAAUAUGGCUUACAUCGAUUUGGGCACAGCAGUUAUACGCAUGGAACAAGAACAACCACCACAAUGGGCUUUAGAAAUUGCACAAAAAGAAUUGCGUGAAACACCGGAAGUAGUGGAAGAAUCGAUAAAGAAACUAAAAGAAUUGAUAACUGCUGAACCCUAUUUAAAUUUACCAUUGGAUGAUGAAUAUAUGCAAAUGUUUUUGAGACCCACACAUUAUUAUCCAGAGAGUGCAUUGAAAAGAAUAAAAUGCUUUUUCAAUAUGAAAUCAAAAUAUGGUGAAGCUUGCUGUAAUGUCUUACCCGCCAAAUUACAAAACGUUUUCGAAGCUGAAGUUCUACAAUUAUUACCCAAUAGAGAUCAACAUGGACGCAGAAUAUUAGUCUUAGAGGCAGGCAAAAAAUGGAAACCCUCUAAAGUUCCCCUAGUAGAUCUCUUCCGUGGCAUACAGUUGACGGUGUUGGGCUCGAUGGUAGAACCUUUAUCGCAAAUCUGCGGUGCCAUUGUUAUUAUUGAUGUUGAAGGUUUACCAAUGGGUCAUGUUAUGCAAUUUACACCAAACUUUGCCGCUAUGUUAUUGGAUUAUGUACAAGAUUGUAUUUGCAUGCGUUUGAAGGCUGUGCAUAUUGUUAAUAAUUCUUAUAUUUUCAAUAUAUUGUUUAACAUAUUCAAACCUUUCAUCAGAGAAAAGCUAAGGAAGCGUAUUUUCUUCCACGGCAAAGAUUUCAAAUCAUUGACUAGUCACAUUGAGUCAUCAGCUUUACCGCCCAAAUAUGGUGGCACUGCCACCUGGGAGUUGCCAUCCGGUAAAUUGUUAGGAGAAUUUUUCAAUUGUUAUACAGCCGAUUUUGAAAAAGCCGACAGUUAUGGUUUUACCGAGGGCUAUAAAGCCAAAAAAUAAUUGCAAUGUCAGUGUGCCUUUUUAAAAACAUAUUUUGCCAAAUUAUAUUAUUAACAAUUAACUUGUAUUGUUUAAUUUUAUUAUUUUACUCACACAUUACUUUUUUUUGUUUGUUAUCAUCUAUCUUUAUUUGAUUUUAGUCUUUUAUCUUUUUGUAUGUUUUAUAUGUAUAUUGUUUUUAUACUCCUUCCUUCUAUUCUCGUUUAACAAUUUUGAAUUAAGUGUAUUUAGUUGUAAAAUGUGAUAUUUAUUUCACAUUGUGAUAUUAUUUUCGCAUUAAUUUUUGAGUAUUUUUUCUUUGUUUUGUUGAACGGGAUAAUAAUACACACUUUCUAUAUACAUAUGUAUAGGGAUUAAUAUGCAUAAAUAAUAAAAAUUAGUUUAAUAUAUUAUUUGUUUGUUUAAAAAAAAGAAAUUAUAUAAAAUAAGGAAUAAAAAAUAAAUAAAAACUAA